AUGGCUCGUCUGUCAAUGUUCUGCCUAGCAUACAUCACAGUUACCCUUCUCUCUUGCGCGAACGCAUGGACGUUAACCUGGCGAAAUGACACUGGCGCCCAAAUACUCGAUGGUGACUCGAUACAAAACUGUACCAGGAUUUACCACCAGAAAGGCGAGGAGUUCUCAUUCAACCCGGAAGGCAAAUGGUGCCUGAGAUUCUGGGACGAGGCAACAUGCGAGAACCAGAUCGGAAAGACGUGCGAGGGGACGAGGUGGAAACAAAUUGCAUCGCGCAAUAUUUCUGCAUUCAACGUCUAUGCGAUGCCGCCUGCUGACAUUAGCGCGAACGGUAUGGCGAGUACCAGUACGACAUCCACAUCGAGCACUUCAUCCACGAUGGCCACCACGUCUUCUGCGACUACAAGUGCGGUUGCAACUGAAACAGGUCAAUCCGGAAAUGAUGAUCCCCCGAGUUCCUCGCUAUCUGGUGGUGCAAUUGCGGGCAUCGUUAUUGGCGCCGUUGCCGGCGUUGCAAUCCUCGCUGCGUUGUUCUUCUUUUGGGGUCGACGAAAGCGCAACGCUGCUACCCCGGCUCCGGCUGAUACCACUCCAGCUCCUGGCCCAGACGAGCGAACUUUCCCCGAGGCCGUGGAUCCAUCGAAGCCAGCCAUGUCGGAAACACAGACGCAGGUGUCCUCGGUGUCUCCAUAUGGUUAUCCUGCCGCCGGGGUUAAGAGUGUGGAGCUACCCGGGGAGAAGGUGGGCGCGGAAUUGAGCAGCAGCCGCCAGCUGGUCGAAAUGGGCAAUACUCCCUUGGCGGAGAUGGAUGGAACGAGUACCGUUAAACGCCCUUGA